AUUCAUUAUAUUGAUGCAGUGUGUUUUGUGAUGAAGGCGUUUCAGAAUCGACUCUCUGGAAAAGAGCUUUACAUCUUUCACUCAGUUCUGUCUCUGUUUGGUAGAGAUAUAGAGGAGAACAUAGUGUUUCUACUCACACAGUCAAAUGGGCAACAUCCAAAAGAUGCUCUCAAUGUAAUUAAGAAAGCACAGAUUCCCUGCAGAAAAGAUGGGAAAAAACAACCUGUUUACUUGUUAUUCAACAACCAACAGAAAGAAAAAAGACACAAACAAUAUGAUCAGAUACUCAGAUCAUCAUGGGAAAUGGGAGAAGAAAGCAUCAAUGAGUUCUUCACACUCCUGAAAGAAAAGAACAGAAAAAGUGUUGUGAUGACAUUAGAUGUUCUGAAAGAGCAAAAACAACUCGAGGCCUGUGUCGACAAUCUGAAGGAGCGAAUCUCUGAGGAGGAGUCAAAAAUGAAAGAACUGAGUCAGAUUCAGGAAGCUGUCAAAGAUCUCAGACACAAGAUUCAGAAAUGUGAAAACUUUCAGUUUACAGUCAAAACAGCUGUGAAAGAAAAAGUCUCCACUAAAAAUGAAUGGCUGUGGAAGAGAAAUGUAACAUCCUGCUCCGACUGUGAGGAAAACUGUCAUGAGAGCUGCUUAAUGGAUGAAGAACCUUCAACGUGUUCAGUCAUGAAAAACAGUCAAUGCACUGUGUGUACAGGGAAGUGUCAUUAUAGCAAACAUGUCAGAGAGAACAAAAAAUAUGUGACAGAGACAAAGAUAAUCACUAUGACAUUUGUUGACCUAAAACAGGAGUAUGAACGCACUGGUGAAAAGCCUAAAACCAACUUUGAUAAAAAAAUCUUUGAAAAUAUUACAAAGGAACAUAAACAAGCCAUGAACGAGUCUGAGAAUAAUACAAAAAUAGAACAAAAUCUGAAGAGCGAUCUUGAGAAGAUUAAAAAUGAAAAGUCCCGACUGCUGCAUGAAGCUUAUGUGACCAUCACGAGUCUGUCCGAGAUCGCGUUAAAAUCAGACAGCGCUUUCACUCUUCAACAUCUGGAUUUCUUGAUUCCCAGGCUGAAGGAGGAGAGAAAAGAUGAAUGGAUGAAGAACCUGAAGGAUCUGAGGAAAGCUGGAGAAGAGAAGAAUAAUAAGGGGGCUUUACGGCACGUGAUGGAUUUCGCUGGGCAAAAAUUGAAGCAAUUUGACAAUCGUGUAACUG